CGAGAAUACUAGAAAACGAAUUCACUAUAUUUCAACAUUGAUGCGUUUGACAAAAUGUAUCAAAUUGGCAACAUAAAUUAAAAAAUAUAACAAGAUAGUUGUAUAGAAAUUUUAAACAUUUUUUACCAUAGAAUAUCAAGAAUUAUUUGGUAUUUAAAAAUUGUCUGUCCCUCAAGAGUUGGGCAUCUUGUAAAACCGGAUGUAGAAAAAUGAAAUUUAUCCAAGCACCGAUAUUUCCUCUAAGAAUCGGCAUAUUGGGGCCUUAUUUGAAAAGACCAACGAACUGCAACUAAUCCAGCAAAAACACGUAUGUAACAUUUUUUGUUAUGAGUGAUUGACUGGGGUACAACCAUACUACUGUAGUUAAAUCUUUCAUGAAAAUGGCGUCUGAAGGAGGAAACAACACCAUUGGUAGUGACACUGAUCACCAAGGGUCUUCUGUUGACGAUGCUGUUGUUAAUGGGGUAUUAAUACAAAAUACACCUGCAUUGAAGUAUGAGGAGACAACUGAACAUGAUGAGCCAUAUGUUAGUGAUAGUGCUAAACAAAAUGAACCAUUCACAAAUGAUACAUCAGAGCAUGUAGAGCCCAGUACUGAAAUGACAGAUCCACUGCAAGAAGAUAAUGAAGGUGGAUUUACAAACAUAAAGACUGAAGUAAUUGACCCACAUUAUGAGGAUGCAGCCAUAAAUCCAGGAGAUUUUGAGACAAAUAUUGCUGGUUCAGGUGAUGAAGGAGGCUACAUGAAUGGUGAGGAUGAUGGCAUGGGAAGUGAAUACACAGAUCACACUAAUAACUAUUUUGAACACAAUAUGUAUGAGCAGACUUUUGGGCAAGAAGGUCAGAUGGAUUACAAUGAAGAAGCUUUACCUGAAUCCUACACACAAACUAAGCCACCUGGAAGAAAAAGGAAGAAGAUUUCCAGUGUAAAUAAAUCAAAAAAGAACAAUAAAUCGAACAAAGGAAAGAAAAAGCUGCCAACGAAAAAGGCAAGGAAAUCUAAAGAAUAUGAGGAGGAUGUAAAGCCGAAAGAAAGUCUCACAAGAAGGCAAUGUAAAACAAUGAUGCUAAACAAAACUGAAAGUUUAGAACAUUUACGAAAGUCUGACCUGUUAACAAUCAUUGAUGUGUUGCAGAGAGAGGUGAAAGUGCUGAAAUCCACCAAUGCAACUAUAAGGAAAAAUGCAAGUGGAAAGCGAUCGCUUCAGCCAAGGAAGAGGGGCAUCAUCCCAGGAAGAAAGAGACGUACUUAUGAUGACAUACCACAUGAGAAGGUUGAAGAUGGCAUGCUAAAAUGCCUCAAAUGUAGUAAAGUUUUCUAUAGAAUGUUCCUGUUAGCCAGACACUACGACACACAUAGGGAACGCCAGUAUGAAUGUGAAACUUGCAACAAGAAGUUUGGAAGCACAGGACUAUUAAACAGCCAUAUGAAAGUUCACAAGAGUUGGGGAUUCGCUUGUCACAUCUGUGGAAAAGCAUCUCGUAUCCAGAGCCACCAUAGAGAUCAUAUGAUGACUCACUUCAAGAAGGUUGGAGAUAUGAGGUUGAAUGUACCAGGUGAACCAGAAAGUGAUGUUAUGAAAUGUGCUGUCUGUUAUGAAGAUCUUGCAUCACAGGAUGACCUCCAAGACCAUUAUAACCUGCAUGUUGGUAUACAUACCAGUGAGACAUACUCCUGUGAGGUCUGCCAGCAGGCCUUUAUGCAAAAGGCAAGAUAUGUAGAACAUAUCAAUAAACACUCUGGACAGAAGCCUUUCACUUGUGAUGUUUGCAAUAAGCUAUUCUGCCGCCAAGAUUCUCUCACGAGACAUAAACUAGACAUGCAUAUAAUUAAUCCAAACGGUGAACAAAUCUUUCAAUGUGACCAGUGUCCUAGAAAAUAUGCCCGGAAGAAAACAUUACGAGAUCAUAUGAAGAGCCAUAACAGAGAGCCUCAAAUAAUGUCAUGUGAAUUUUGUGACAGCACGUUUAUGGAGAAAGAUCAAUUAAGAACACAUAUGAAGGAUGUCCAUCCACAUGAGAAACCCCAUAAAUGUGACAAGUGUAGCCAGGAGUAUGCGUUGAAAGAUAGUCUCAAGCGCCAUAUCGAACGUGUUCACCAUGGACAAAGUUUCAUGUGUGAGUUCUGUUCUAGAACAUUCAAUGAAAGAAGCGUCUUGAAAACACACAUGAAAAUUCACGAGGAUAAGAAAAUUAUGUAUUGCGGUAUCUGCUACCAUAAGUUCACCAGAGAUGACACUUUGAAGAAGCAUAUGAAAGUGUACCAUCCUAGCAGAGAAUCAGUUGAGCCUGUCUCCACCCCUCCCCCUGCUCCCAUUAAGACUGAAGAUGGAGAUGAUGAUAAUAAUGAUUUUGGUGGUCCUGAUGACUUUGAUGAUGAUGAGCCCACUGGACCUGUUAAAUCAUUCCUGUGUGACAUAUGCGGGUUCAAUGCUCUACAGAAAAAUAGCCUUGCUAAACAUAAGAGAACAGUCCAUGGGGAGGACAAUGAGGAAUUCCCAUGUAAGAUAUGCGAUAUAUCUCUCUGGAGUAAGCAAGCUCUACGGAAGCAUAAUUCAAUGAUACACAAAAAAGACACACCAAUCAAGAAGACCCCCAUCAAGAGAACCCCCGGUACUAAGAAACAAGGUGGACCAUUUCCAUGUUCGAUGUGCAGCAAGAUAUGUUCAACAGAGGGAAAACUUAGCCAGCAUUUUGCUUAUAAACAUUCAGAUCAAAAACCUGUGCAGAACUUUGAAGGAUGUGUGUGCCCAGUCUGUAACAAGACUGUGAACACCAAAGCAAACCUUAAACAGCAUAUGGCAUUUAAACACGAGGGUGUCAAAGUUAAAACGCCCAAGAAUCAUGUCUGUCCUCUAUGUGAGAAGCCUUACAGUAUUAAGUACAUGCUAGAUCAGCAUAUGCGAGUGAAACAUGGAAUUGUAGAUCUAGAUAGCCCAAAUAAUUACCAGGAACAUGCAACUCAGAAGGAACCAGGAGAGUUCUCCGGCCAGGGAGAAUACAUGUGCUAUAUUUGUAACAAAGAAUGUGGUUCAGAAUCCAAGCUGAUCCAACAUAUUGCCCAGAAGCAUAAAGAUCAUUUUGAGUUCAGUUGUGACUUAUGCAAAGAGAGAUUCUCUUCCAAAAAUCAGCUGAUCGCCCACAGGGAUACUGCCCAUGGCAUUAGUGCAUUUCCUGUAGCUAAUAGCAGACCCCAAACAAGCGAGGAGGCUGAAAACAGGAGCAAUAGUAUGCCUACCUAUAUACCCCCAAUGACAAUUCAGACAGUGCCCACGAAUGCGAUGCACUCAACUAUGCCCAUGCAAAUGCCCCAACACUCACAGCUACAGCUGAACAUGCAUCAUGCAAUGCCUAUGAACCUUGCUAUGCCACAAUAUUCCAAUCAUGGUCCCAAUCAUGGACAUGAACAUGGGCAAUAUAAUUAAAUUAUGAACUUUCGCAAUAUCCCAAUCAUGGACAGGAACAUGGGCAAUAUAAUUAAACAAUGAACUUUCGCAAUAUCCCAAUUAUGGACAGGAACAUGGGCAAUAU